UUUCCAUAGCAACAACGCGAAUGAAAACAAAUCAUGGCCUCUCCAAAUUUCUGUGACCCUGUCAUUUCAUGAAACUCUAAUGCAGUUCAUAAAUAUUUUCUGUAUUGAUCAAACAAACCUAUGAUUUUACAUAUGAGAUAAACGUUAUCACAGUGUGUGUGUUAGUGUACAGUGAAAAAUGUUUAAGAAUACCUUUCAAUCCGGCUUUUUGUCUAUUCUUUACAGCAUAGGCAGCAAACCCUUACAAAUUUGGGACAAAAAAGUGCGAAAUGGGCACAUAAAAAGGAUUACGGACAAUGACAUACAAAGCCUGGUACUGGAGAUAGUGGGCACCAAUGUUAGCACCACGUACAUAACCUGUCCAGCAGACCCCAAGAAGACUCUGGGGAUCAAGCUGCCGUUCCUGGUUAUGAUCAUAAAGAACCUCAAAAAGUACUUUACAUUUGAAGUUCAGGUAUUAGAUGACAAAAAUGUGCGUAGAAGAUUCCGGGCGAGCAACUACCAGUCCACAACCAGGGUCAAGCCAUUCAUCUGCACCAUGCCAAUGAGGCUUGAUGAGGGCUGGAACCAGAUCCAGUUCAACCUGGCCGACUUCACCCGCCGGGCGUACGGCACCAACUACGUGGAGACCCUGAGGGUGCAAAUACAUGCUAACUGCAGGAUCCGCCGAGUCUACUUCUCUGACCGGCUCUACUCUGAAGACGAGCUGCCAGCCGAGUUCAAGCUCUUCCUCCCCAUCCAGAACAAAGCUAAAACAGCUGUAGCAACAUGAAAUCCAUUAUGUACAAUAUGAAUUUAAUUACAAUAUUUACACAGUAAAUUUAUUUGUAAGUCCUAAA